AUGAAGCGCGAGUCGGACCAGUGGAAGGAGUUGGACAGCCCGGUGAAGCAGAAGGUUACGUCCGAAUCGAUCGCCAUUCUCACCGAAACCGGCCGAAUUCCGGUCCCGGUUUUCCCGGGUGUUCCGUUGUACAACAUCGGAAAUUACGUUGUACGCCUCGGUCACGUCGUCAACUGGUUGGGUCAGGUGGCCGAGCAGCAGGGCGUUGAGAUCUACCCGGGAUAUGCUGCUUCGGAGGUCCUCUACAACGAAGACGGAAGCGUCAAGGGAAUUGCCACCAACGAUGUUGGGAUUGGGAAGGAUGGAGGGCUUCGAGCGCGGCAUGGAGCUCCACGCCAAGUGCACCAUUUUUGCCGAGGAUGUCGUGGGCAUUUGACGAAGCAGGUCACCGACCGCUUCAAGCUCCAAACCCAUCCGAUGUCCUACGGCCUCGGCAUCAAGGAACUGUGGCAAAUCGACCCGGCCAAGCAUCGCCCCGGCUACAUUGAGCACACGAUGGGAUGGCCGAUGUCUUCCGACAGCUACGGUGGCUCCUUCCUUUACCACAUCGAGGAUAAUGGCCAGCCACUCGGCGGACAGCGUAUCGGCUACGGAGCCCGUGCCAUCAAUGAGGGCGGCUACCAAGGAGUCCCGAAGCUCUCGUUCCCGGGCGGCUGCCUCGUCGGCUGCACGGCCGGCCUGCUCAACGUGGCCAAGCUGAAGGGCACCCAUAACGCCAUGAAAAGCGGCAUGGUGGCCGCGGAGAGCAUCUACAAGGAGAUUGGCACGAAUCCGGAGAAGAGCAGCAUCGAGCCGGCCUCCUACCCAAAAGCUCUGGAAGACACGUACGUGAUGAAGGAGCUGAGGGCAACAAGGAACGAUACCUCCGGUGGCCUGGCCUACACCGGCCUCUUCUACGUGCUCGGCCGCGGCCUCGAACCCUGGACCCUCGACCAUGGCAAGCCGGACAACGAGAAGCUUCUCCCGAAGGACAAGGCGAAGCCCAUCGACUACAACAAGAAGGCCGACAACAAGCUGACAUUCGACCUGCUGAACUCGGUGUCGCUCACCGGCACCAAUCACCAGGAGGACCAGCCGAGCCACUUGACGCUCAAGGAUGACAAAGCCCCGCUCGACAUCAACCUCAAGCAGUUUGACGGCCCCGAGUCGCGUUUUUGCCCUGCUGGUGUCUACGAAUUCGUGCCCUCGGAAACGGCCUCCGACCAGAUGCGCCUCCAGAUCAACGCCCAGAAUUGCAUCCACUGCAAGACGUGCGACAUCAAGGACCCCUCGCAGAACAUCAACUGGGUGACGCCGCAGGGCGGUGAAGGGCCAAAGUACGACGGGAUG